CUUUCCCACCAUUAUCUGUCACUCAUACUGCCACAAUUCUUUCUUUCCGGUAAGCCAUGCCUUUCCAAAGAUUCGUACAGACAGGCCGAAUUGCCAAGUGCUCAGCGGGUCCCUUGAAGGGACGCCUCAUCACUAUUGUCGAUGUUAUCGACCAAAAUAGGGUACUUAUUGAUGGUCCAUUGACUGGUGUACCACGUCAAGAAUACAGGCUUAACAAUCUGCACUUGACCAAAUACCGCAUCAAGUUCCCAUUCACAGCCCCAACCAGGAUUGUGCGCAAAGCUUGGGUUGACAAUGACUUGAAGGCCAAAUGGAAGACAACUGCCUGGUCAAUCAAAUCACAAAACAUUUGCAAGCGUACCCGAUUAAAUGAUUUUGAUCGCUUCAAGCUGAGGUAUGCUAAGCGCCAAAGGAACAAGCUUCUGACGGUUGCCUUCAAUGCCCUCAAGAAGAGGACAAAGAGCGACGGAACCACCCGUGUGUUGAAGAAGGACAGACGCGAGAGGAUUCUCAAGUUGAAGGCAGAAAAGAAGGCUGGAGGCAAGAAGUAAAAACUUUACUUUUAGUCAAACCCGAUUUUUUUAAUAAAGCCUUUAAAAUAAAUUUAACAAAAAAACAUCAAA